CUCUUAUUAUUGUUGCUAUGGCUAAGUACAAGAAAGAGAGAAGCAUUAAGGUCCAUGAUGGUGAUAAAAAGGGAAAGCAAGGAAGUAAUAAUAACAAUAAUGGUGGAAUUAGUAGAAAGUGUGCAUUGUUGGUGAAGGAGCAACGUGCUCGUCUUUACAUACUUCGUCGUUGUGCAACUAUGCUUCUAUGUUGGUGCAUUCAUGGAGAUGAUUGAUUAAAAACACUA